AUGGAAAAGCAAGUGAAAAAUAAUUUCACCUUCAAUUGGAUCAUUGAAAAUUUCAGCAUGUGUCAUCAGUCAUACGGACACUAUCUUCAUAGCCCCGAAUUUGCUUUCAGUUUGUUACCCCGUAUGAAGUGGCGUAUUCAGUUAUAUCCGAGAAGAGAUCGUGACGAGUACAUAGGUGUAUUUAUCAAAAGAAUUGACGAUAUUCCAGAAACCUGCAAAAUAACUUUAACGAUGCAAGUCCUAGAUUGCAAAGAGAAGUCGAUUUUUUAUCAUCGGCAAUAUAGUAAAAUAUUUGAAGCCCAGUCUACUUGGGGUGACUCAGAGUUCUUUAAGAGGAAUUCUUUUUUUAUGUUGGAUAUAAAUGAUGCCUUAAUUAUGAAAUUUACUUUAAAGCCAGUGUUUAAGGCAGGUGAUAAACAAAUACUGCCUCCAGUUCCUUACGAAAACGGACUGUUUGCUGAUGUCGUGUUACGGGCACGUAAUGCAAAAUUUAAAGUACAUAAAGCUGUUUUAGGGGCGAGAUGGCCUAAACUUGUAGAAAAACUGGAUAUAGAACAGACCUGCGAACAAAUUUUCGAUAUUGAAUCGGACGUAUUGGAAGCCUUACUCAAAUAUGUUUAUACAGGCAAAAUAGACUGCUCUAAAUCAGAUUUGUUAACGAAAAUCUAUAUUGCUGCCGAAAAAUACGAACUAUCCACUUUGCAUAAUUUGCAGUGUUUACCUGUUAUGGCACAAAAGGCGCGAACUCACGUUAAUGCAAAAAUAAUAUCAUUCGAAUGGCUUAUAAAGGAUUUAUGGAGCUUGCAUAUAAAUACAGUGUUGCGUAGUCACGUAUUCAGUGUUGAUAUUUUGAAUGGAACUCUUAAAUGGAACUUAAAACUUGACAUUUGUGAAGAUACAGUACACGGGAGGAUGUUUGAUAUUUUCCUGUGCAAAAUAUGCGAUCCUGAAACUAAGCCGAUUUUCGUGAAAUGGAAAAUAUCGUUGGAUAAGACUAAUUCUUCUGAAGAGGAACAUUUGUUCGAAACAGCAAAACUGGAAAUAUGUACAUUUUUUUACGUGAAUUUUCUGGACAUUAUAACGACGCUUUGCAACUUAAGUUCGAAUUUAAGUUUUCUGAUUGCAGCAAUUUUUUUGAAGUAUUGGAAUCUUCUUACGCCUCCGUAG